AUGCCCAUGUUCCGUGAAGACGAUCCGGGGCAGAACGAUACCACCCCGGAGCACCCUGAGCAUGUCCCGAUGCCGUCUCUGCAAGCCAUGGAUCCAUGGUUGACGCGACGGCUCUCGGAGGAGAGCAUCCGGACUGAGCUGUGUGAAGGUCCCGUCCCAGACGACUCUCCAAAGCCAACCACACCCCAGCCCAACGUCUGCCAUGUGUCUGACCGGACUGAGCUCAUCGAGCGUAUCAAGAGAGGCGAGAGUCCUACGUGGGUUCCCAACCGCCAUCUGGAGUCACUACUUCACGAGGAUAAGGCAUCUUCUCCGCCCAGCACACCACAGCCGCCAAGUCUAGCCUCACCGGGUCUGCUGCCCCCCGCCACAAUAACUCCUGAUAAGCAGGAACGGGGCUACGCCGAGUUAGCCAUUGACGAAGCCUUUCAAGAGGGGCUAACUAUAGAGCGCCCGAGAUCUGCGCUCCAUAAAGGCAAUUUUACACCAGAAGAGUCAUCUUCGGGGCACCGGCCCCUCCAGGACGCCAUUCGCCCCGGAGUCGAAACCCGAAAACUGUCCAGUGACGCUAUCUGGAUAGCUACUCCGCCCCAGAGAAUCCGGACGUCCUUCACCUUUGAGACCCUCGCAAGUAAUUACAGGAAGGAAGCAUUUACAUCGCCCGGCCCUUCAUCACUAAGCUCGUCGCUUUCGUCAAGCUUUAUUUACAAGCCUCCUACGAGCCCCCUGGUUCAGUCUGAGAGCAACGACGAGAUUGACUUGACGUUACCUCUGAACCGCUUCAAUUUCGAUGCAGCCAGUCCCCGCAGCUCUAGGCGCCAUACCGUUAACUUCACCCAAGCCCCUUUCCUUAGUACCGCCGCUCAUAGGCACACUGCCCUCCGCCGGGAGAACGCGCAUCCUUACCAAGCUCACCAACCUCGGCGUUCGCUGAACUCCACUCCUACCUUUUCGGCCGUCGGCUCGACACCCCCGACUCCGGCUUUCUUGAGGCCGAGGCGGCCAUCGUUUAGCUCGGAUGUAUCGCCUUUGCAGCACGCGUCCAUGGUAGGCUCGUACGAGGAGAGCAUUCUUAGAGGCCGUAUGUCCACAACACCCUCCAAGCCGCUGGAGUUCCUGGCGCAGAUUGGAGUUUUGGGCCUUGGAAAUUGUAAGGCGAGUUUGCGAUGCCCAGCCCAUGUGACGCUGCCUUUCUCGGCUGUUUUCUACAGCUAUGCUAGCACCUCCUACGGGAGGAGCAAGAUUGAAGACGGACCAAGUCCCUAUGUGGGCCAAAUCGACCUGGAGAAUGGGCUACCCAAUCCCGAUGAGGGACAGCGAGCAAGAAGAAAGCUACAGUCAAGAUACCAAGAUCACAAGAGAUUAACAGACGAAGAAGCCUCAGUUCAAGGCCAUUCCGCAGAUCUGUCAGAAGAGGAUGCGAUUGGGAAACCCUCCAGGCCCAAGAGACGCUCCAGAUCACCAAAGGCCCCCCUUGGCGGCCGCUACCGCAUCCCUGAGAAGGGACAGCUCCAAAUCAUCAUCAAGAACCAAAACAAAACAGCCGUCAAGCUCUUCCUUGUUCCAUAUGACCUUUCAGGCAUGGAGCCCGGCACGAAGACAUUCAUUCGCCAGCGCAGCUACUCGGCCGGGCCUGUCAUGGAACCGGACGUCCCCCCUAAGACCAGCGACAACGGUCCGGGGGCCGCUGACCGGCCCACCCUGCGCUACCUGAUCCACUUACACAUAUGCUGCCCUUCCAAGGGCCGGUACUACCUGUACAAGUCCAUCCGGGUAGUUUUUGCCAACCGGGUGCCCGACGGCAAGGAGCGGCUCCGCAACGAGAUUACUUACCCGGAUCCGCGGUUCAGCCCAUACAAACCGACACGGGUGAUGCACCCACCCCUGACGGGGAUCGCGAGCCAUGCCACGACCUCCUCCAUGAACAUCGGCAGCAUACCCGACUUCUCCGACAGAGAUUCAAUAUUAGGGCACAUGGCGAUAAUGCCAGGGCUGGAAAUGACCGGGCCAGCAAUCUCCUCCACCAUCUUCACCAUCUCCAAUAACAACGAUAACGACAACACUGACGAAAAACUUGGAGGCCUGAGCAACAACUACUACGACAAACUCAGCAGAGGGGACGUGGGCUACGGCGGCAACGCCUUCCUUGCUGCCACCGCUACUACCGCGGGGCUUUUGUCACAGCGCCUACGCUCCCUGGGCGUGCAGCAGCAGCAGCAGCAACAACAACAACAAGCGUCCAUGACGAGCAUGAUCGACGGAGCCGAAGGCCGCGAAGACAGGGGCGGAGACGGGGGUUGA